CACAAAUGAUGUAUCACUCUGUAUGUGUAUGGUGUAUCACUCUGAUUGUAGGCUCUCUAGUAAGAACUAAUCGCUCGAAAUUGCGCUAUUGCCAACGUCCUACUUCUUUCGUAAUCUAGCCGUAUCAUUUUUUUUGGAAGCGAGAGCCAAUAAAUGAAGAAGAAAAAAGAAGACCUACUAUUUUAUUGUCUACUGCAGAUUCUAUUGUAAAUGGACCUUAAAUCAGGUUAUGAAAAUAAAGGAUAUAUAUUAAAUGCCCUUGUUACUCAAGGUGCUGCUGAGGUUGACGAUCCUCGCGUUACUCUUGGUAGCCCUAUAUUGUUAUCAGACGUCUGAUGGAAGACGCUGGAUUGUAUUCAAUCUGCAAACAAAAAAUGCGAGCUUGGCAAACCUUACGACUCCUUCAGCAGUGACUGUUUAUUCUGUUAAUUAUUUGUCUUCAACAGCGCGCAUUUUGCCACGAAAUCAGACAAAUUAUUAUAACAUAUGGUGUAUUUUUACCAAAGUUGCCUCAAACUCGCCCAUGAGACGGAAAUUCCAAGUGUUCACAGAAUCUUUGCUCAGAUUUGCUUCCAUAAAUAUUACUUUUCAUGUGAUAAGUGAUGAUAAUAGUCAAAACAUAGCUGAAAAUGUUAUAAAAAAUGUUCUGAUCAGCACCGGAAAAUUUAUGAAAGUAUUUUAUUACAAUGUACACAAAUUAGCUGCAAAAUUGGAAGAUAUUGUAUCAGUUAUGUCGCCACAUUUUAGUAGCAAACCAGGAACAUAUUACUCUGAUGCAUUGUUCUUCAUUUCGCUCGGUUUGCACAGAAUUGCACCCAAUCAUCAGAAACUUGCCAUAAUGUUUGAUGCAGAUACAAAAUUUCGUAGAGAUGUGAAGGACUUGUUCGAAGAAUUUAACAAGUUUGGAAAAGAAGCUUUGUUUGGUUUGGCUCCAGAACUCACGCCAGUUUACCGACAUGUUUUGUAUUUAUAUCGUAAUAAACAUCCAACGACAAUGUUUGGAGAACCUCGUCAUAAAGGCGGAUAUCCUGGUUAUAAUAGUGGGAUAGUGCUCUUAAAUUUGGAAAGAUUACGGAAAUCACAUGUAUAUAAUGAGUUUAUCAAUAAAGACAGUGUGGAUGAUAUGACGAAGAAAUAUCACUUCAAGAUUGAUGACAGAAACAGCAAGAUUUUGCAGUUCCUGUUUGGUUUCCGCUGCCAGUCUGUUGUCAGAUUCCCGGUGCGUGCAAAUUUUGUUCGUUUUCUGCUUCAAUCUGCUGGCAUAACAAGUCAGCAGGAUCUAUCGACAGAUAGCCAAAUGCAUAUAUGGUUAUGGUUUUUAUAUUGAGAAUCUGGUCAAGUUUAGUACAAGUUUGUUCACAAACUGCUAACAUUUUGCUAUCAGAAUAAACAAAGACUAUAGAAUGUGUGUGUAUAUAGA